AUAUUUUCACUGUAGAAAUUCGAUCCGAAGUGUUUAAUCACAGCUUUGGUAUUUUGUUGUAAAUAUUUCUUCACGAGCAUACUUGUUCGCCGGCUAACGUUACUUGAUUUCUUCUUAAAGUCCUGCGUUCACGCGGCCAGCCGACGGCUAUCAGAAAAGCGCGCGCCCCGAUAGCGGUGAGGAACCCUUGUAAUUCUAAUUGGUGAUUGUCACAGGAGGCGCGUCCUGCACGUUACCAUGGAGAUCAUCGUGGGAAUAAAGUUAAAAGCCACUAGUACAUGGGGGACGUUGUUGUGUCUUUAAAGUCCUGUUGCCUUGGAAAUCAGUAUAUAAAAGUUUAAAGUAGUGACAGGACUUCAUAUCGACGUGUUUCGUUACUUAAGAGAGAAGCAAGCAGCUUUUCGGUGUGCGGCUGUGAAGGAAGGGGGUUGGGCUUGGCUCAUCGCCGCAGGUCUCAGCUGCACGAGAGAGCUGGACAGGAGGAGGGAGAAGAGCCAUAAGAGGAGGGAAAGACGACGACGAGGAGGGAGAAUCUCGGAUCGAGCAGGCGGUACGAUCGGAUCGAUCAGGUUAGCGGUCCCUCCAAGUCGCCUAUAAAAGACGAGCAGCCGCGCGCUCCCGCAAAAUCCCGAACUUAUUGCUGCUGUUUCGCUGGUUACCGCGCAAGUGUGAUUCUAUUCACCCCAGACUCCAGAGUCUCUUCGGCUCAGUCUGUUCCGAGGACGUGCGCUGCGCGGGAGAAGCGCGUCUGUGAGGAGCGCCUGAGAAAAGUCAGCGGAACAACUGAGACCGUCCUUCUCCAUGUGAAGCGUCGCGAGCUGAGCACAAACCAGUGCGAAAGCUCCGCGCCUCUCUGCGCUUCUCAAAGUUUUCGCGGGGGAAUCUGCAUGAUCUGACAAAUAGAGAGCGAGAAUAAGCUGUACUUUUUAAAUGCAAGGCUGCAUGUAUGAGAAUGCGAUGGCCGCGGAGAGCAGGAACGGAGGAAGCGCGUCCCUGAACAACAACAACGGCGGCGGCGGCGGGAGCGGAGCGGAGCGCGGCAGGAGGAAGCUGCUCGUGUGCCUGGACCUCUUCUGUCUGCUCCUGGCUGGCCUGCCUUUCCUGGUUAUUGAAACUAGUGCUGUGAAGCCCUACCAUCGAGGGUUUUACUGCAACGACGAGUCCAUCAAGUACCCAUACAAACCUGGAGACACCAUAAGUGAUGCUGUUCUUAGUGCUGCUGGCAUUUUUAUUACCAUCUUUUCUAUCAUUAUUGGGGAGUGCUACAGGAUACAUUACUUGAACAUCGGCUCCAAGUCUUUUGUGGGCAACCCUUACGUCUCUGCCCUCUACAAGCAAGUGGGCGUUUUCAUCUUUGGAUGUGCUGUCAGCCAGUCCUUCACGGAUAUCGCCAAGGUGUCGGUGGGCCGCCUGCGCCCCCACUUUCUGGAUGUGUGCAGGCCAGACUUCUCUGCCUUCAAUUGCUCCCACGGCUACAUCACUGCAGACCAGUACACGUGCCAGGGUGGGGACAGCAAAGUUCAGGAGGCCAGGAAAUCAUUUUUCUCAGGCCAUGCCUCUUUCUCCUUGUACACCAUGCUGUAUUUAGCGUUCUAUCUUCAGUCACGAUUCACAUGGCGAGGUGCCCGUUUGCUUCGCCCCCUCCUCCAGUUCACACUCAUCAUGAUGGCCUUCUACACUGGCCUUUCCCGUAUCUCCGACCACAAGCACCAUCCCACCGAUGUGCUCGCAGGCUUCGCGCAGGGAGCGCUGGUGGCCUAUUGCAUUGUUUUUUAUGUGUCUGACCUCUUCGAGCCCAAAGCCAAGACCACUAGCAUGCCUCUUUCACCCAUCAAGAAGGAGCUCCUACCCACAGCAGAUAUCAUAGAUCGGAAUAACCACCACAACAUGGUCUAAGGGACUGCCAGUGCUUUUUUGAGCACUGAACCAUGUGAAGAACCUAUCUGUGACUGAUGAGCAGAUAAAGCUUUGCUGCUCAACCUUCUCAUCUGACAAUAGAAUGUAGGGAGGGGAGACAAAUGUAUAAUUACUUGCUACUAGAAUUUUUAUUAGACUUCUUGAUGGACAAUAAACGUAACGGGGAAAUUUGAAGCUGUAAGGUUUAGAGCUUUGAGUCUGUCGACUUGCUUGUAAGAUUGCAUGCGUGCAUGCAUGCAUGAAUGAAUGAAUGAUUGAAUGAAUGGUGUGAAGCAAGGACCAAAUGAAUUGAAAAAAUCAAGAAGAUGUUGUCUAACAGGCUCUAGGCCACCCUAGGCCCACACCAGUUUCUCUUGUUCUCUCCUUCCUCAUGGGGCCUUCCACUUAUAGGAUAACAAAUUCCUGAGUGAGGGGAAUAUUAUUUUUUAAUUUUGCAAUUAUCACAGAAUGCAUACCUACAUGUAUAUUAAUAGUGUGGCGUACAUUAACAGCACUGUGUUCAAACUCAUUAUCGGUAGUCACCACUUGUGACAAGGAAACUGUAACUAUAUAGGGCUUGUCUGUGGUUUUAAUAUGCCAAGAAACUGACCUCAGUGCAUGAGGAAUCUUUGCAUCAUUUAUUUCCCUCGUUUUUAUCUGAGGGUGCUGCAAAAGAUGUUACAGUACAAGGUGUGUGUUUAUCAUGACCAUUAAUAGAUAAUUUAUCAUUUCAUUCAGUCAGUGUUUGUUGACCCCACAGGAAAAUUUCUUGGGUUGGAGUGGGUGGAGUAGAAUGUUUAAUUUGAUUUUCUUGUUUCCCCUUUGUCUUCUAUCCCCUAAAUUACUGUUUGAAGUGGCUGGGCCACGUUAUCACAAGCUACACUGCUUUGCAGUACUGGUCGUGCCAAGCCUGGAAGGGGUUCAUCACAGUGGUCAUUUAGAUGGAUGCCUAACAAAGACUAAACAAGCACACUUUGUCUAUGGAUCUUUUUUUCCAGCUGGCUGGGAGAGGGAUCCCAUAAGGCUCUGAAUGGUGUAAGAUAAGAAGGCUUUUUUUUUUUUUUUUUUAGACUUUAGAAUAACUUGAACCAACUAAGGCCAUGGCCAAUGAUGGGAUGCCAAUUGUGGAGUUCUUCACAAUUGUCAGGUCAAAAGUGUAAGAAGGACAUGAAUGGGGGGGACUGGUUUACUGGUGAUGACUGUAUUGUGGAUUUUUAUCAAAUGUGGGAAGUGUACAGCAUUACAAAUUAUUUUACAGUAUUAUACACAAAAGCAAAAUGAAUGUCAUACUCUUUACAUGGUAUAUACCGUCCAAUAUUUGCUCUAGCAAUCAGUUUUGUUUUGUAAUGUAAAGAUUACUAAAAAUUGUGAAAUGUAUCUUGACCUUUUCCCAGAUAUUUCCACUAUGAAAAAGUUGUGACCUGUGUUAUAUUUACAAAGUGCUGC